CAGUCCCAAAGCUUGGAUCCAAAUAAGUUAUUAGAGUUGACCAGAUCAAGUAGUGAAGCUACUAGAUAUUUAGGUGUUGAAGCUUUAGCUGGUAUUGAAUGCUGGAAAGACUACCAGUUUAAAGCAGUAGGUGAGAAAGUAGAUGGUAGAACACUAGUAGGAUUAGCUAGGUCUAAAGAUGUAGAUCUUAGAUAUUUUUCUUCUCCUCCUUGUCACAAGACAUCUCAAAAAGCUAUUUAUGAAGAACUGAUAGAUUUAUUACUAUUAUUACCUGAUACACAUGAAGAUAAAUGUAUAGAAUAUUUUACACAGAUAGCAUUAAAACAUGCUCAACCACUACAAGAUCAAGGUGGUUUUUGGAGUUUUGGUGGCUCAACUUUGGCAUCUCCUGACUCAAAAGAUCAUUUAUCUGAAUCAACUAUAGAAUUGAGUAGUUUAGCAGCAUUAGUUAGACAUUCAACAAUACAUAGUAAUUGUGUUAAGAUAGUAGAUUCUGGUGGAUUAGCUCUAUUACAAAGAGUAUAUCAAAUGAAAUGUGACUGUUUAAAAACAAAGAUAUUAAUUGGUAGAAUAUUAGCUAAUUUAUCUAUUAUUAAACAACUACAUGACUCUAUAAUUACAUCAGGUUGGAUAAGUAUUCUAGCAGAAUGGAUAAACUGUAAUAGUCUAGUGUUAACAUCAUUAGCUGCUAAAAUAUUGUCUAAUUUAGAUAGUGAUUUUAUACAUCACACACUAGAGGAAGGUGUUUAUAUUCUUCACCCAAUACAUAGAACUAAAAAGAAACCAAUAUUAGAUAUUGUCUUAAUACAUGGUAUAAUGGGGGGAUCAUUUAAAACAUGGAGACAAAAUGAUUCAAGUAAACUACAAAAUGAUAAUACAUCAUCAUGUUGGCCAAAGGACUGGUUAACUGAAGAUAUAAUAGGAGAUAUUAGAAUUAUAAGUGUGGACUAUGAUACACAUUUAUCAGAAUGGGCAGCAGAUUGUCCUUAUGACACACAGAAACGUUCUUUAGCUAAUAGAGGUGAUGAAAUGAUAAUGAAGUUAAAACAAGCUGGUAUAGGAGAAAGACCAAUUAUAUGGUUAGGACAUUCUCUUGGAGGUUUGUUAAUAAAACAGAUCCUAGAAUUAUCUGUACAUGAUACAACAAGAGUAUACGGUGGUAUUAAAGAUUCUACCAAAGGUUUUAUAUUUUAUGGUGUACCACAUCAUGGUUCUUAUCUAUCAAAAUUAUCGAAUAAAGCAUUCUAUAUUCUAUACCCUUCAGUGGAAGUACAAGACUUGGAUCAUGAAUCUCCAAAAUUAAAACUAUUACAGAAUAAUUUUUUGCAAUAUGUCCAAAAUAAUUCUAUACCUUGUUUAACAUUUGGUGAAUUGAGGAAAACACAAGUUACAACAGGUUUAAAACUGGAUAUAGUUCCUCCUGCAUCAAGUGAUACUGGUUAUGGUGACUAUCAUCAGAUUGAUACAGAUCAUAUUGGUAUCUGUAAACCCAGUGAUAAAUCAUCAGAAAUAUAUCAGAAAACAUUAGACUUUAUAGUACAGUAUCUGGAAAGUAAUGAGGACAUUGUAAGUGAUCUAUAUACAGAAACUUUACCAAACUAUCUAUUAAUUGAGGCAUUUUAA